CAAUCUUACAUCGAUAUCAGUCAAUUAAAUCCAACAGUCUAAUCACAAUACUAGUACCUAAACAGUAAUAAUGGAAGGAUAUAUCAAAAUUAUUUUCUUAGCAGCGAUGAUUGCAGCCGGCACAGCUGAACCUCAACAACGAUUCAGGAAUUCGAGAAUUUAUAGAUUUUCAGCAAGACAAGAGGAAGCUCCCAAAGACAACACUGCUCCUUCGAAAGCACCAUACCCUGCAGCUGGUUUUAAACCCAGUGUACGAUUUGACUUGCCAACAGAGACAACAACUGCUUCCAUUCCAACCGAGACGAGUACCGUGCAGCUGGAUAGCACUUACAGUCCCCCAACUACAUACGCUCCAACAACCUAUGAACCACCCACAACUCAGACAAUCGAAAUCGAUACUGAAGAGCCUGAAGUAAUUCUAGAAGACGAUGACGAGGAUGAUGAUACAGAAUCAGUCAUUUCCGUCGCCGUUUCAUACGAUAACCAAGAUGCUCCAGAGGAACCACAACGUCUCGUGUUUGGUCAGAGGAUUCGGCCAUUAGAUAAUUCAAGAGGUGCAUCACAGAAAUUGAGGGCAGCUUUGGCAGAACCAAUUUAUCUCGAAGACGGAUCAUUUGUUUAUUCUGCACCUUUGUAGAAUUCACAGAUUAUGAUCUAAGUGAAAGCAAAGAAGUUGUAUCGUGAUGUUACAUAAUUUUACUCCAUUUUUGUUUUUUCAAUUUAUUUGAGUUUAUAAAUUAAUUGUUAAGAUAUUAUUUUGUUUAAAGUGAUUUUUUUAUUUUUAAUACAAUGUCAAAAUAUGUACACUUCAAAGCCAUUUCGAAUCUAGUUGUUCGGUCUCAACUAAAUUUCGAAUAU